AUGCAGGAUGCAGCUGCAGCAGCACAAGUAACACCGAAACGUCCAGCGAAGCUUGGAACUCCAUCAUUCUCCUCCACCCAAGCUGCAUCCACUACCAUCAGAGCAACGUCCGGCGUUGCUCGACCUGAAUCCAGUGAUGUGCUUUGCAACUUGAGAGCAUUCGGAAUCGGCACCGGAAGCUUUGGUUUGUUGCCAAAUGUGAGAGGAGACGGAGGAAAAUGCAUACGAAGCACGCUUGACAUCGUGCCAAACGUUUUUGAAGUCGCUCGAAACCGCCAGCAAGAAGAGAACGGGUAUAAUGGAUCGAAACAAGGACACGAAGAAGUUCUGGCAAAAAGGUCCUGCAUGUGCGUCGCAAUCAGCAUCUUCCGGAUCUUGAGGAAGUCGCUGUGCUCAGGGUCUUGGACUGCACACAAAGAACGUUUAAGGAACAACAUUUACACGAUAUUCAGGCAAGACAAGAAAAACGACGAGUAUUAUUAUUGCGGAACGAAAAAGGAUCGCGAUCGCGGAAGGAAAGGGACAGACUUUAUCUACGGUAAAUAUGGUGAAAAUGAUAACAAGCAGCUGAAACCAAGAAGAAUAGUCUUGAGGAAAUUAGGAGUAUCAUCGGCAGGAUUGAUUUCAUCGAUUCAAAAAACAAUGGCGCUUGUUUCUUUGCUGAGAUUCCGACGGAGACACGUCAAGGCUUUACUGAUGGAAGCAUGCACCCCAAUGCGGUUCAGAGGCUCAUUGCUGUCACUGGUAGCCGGUUUUUGUCUUGGAGUGCUGGUUACAACGUCGACGUUUGAGACCAUACGAGAAGAUUACAUGAGGAGAGGAGAUGGCGUGAAUGAAGCCUUAUAUUGGAGACCAGAUAGGGAUCAUUCUAUAGUUGCUUAUGGGGGCCCAAAGGCUUUUUUCACUUGGCUUUUUGGGAUCGAGCAAGUGCAGGAAGGUGAAGGAAAACGAAACCAAAGUUCGGACACUCAUACCCCAGAGAAUAGGACAGUUAUUCCGGAUUAUGAGAUGGUGCGCGUUCAAGAAGGGAAUGAUUCAGUGGCGGAUGAGCUGAGCAGGAGGGUGCGAGUUCUUUGCUGGAUCAUGACCCAGCCGGAAAAUCAUCAGAAGAAAGCAAUUCAUGUCAAGGCAACUUGGGGCAAACGAUGCAACGUUUUGCUCUUCAUGAGCACUGCAGAUGAACGGGUGAGUAACCCAAUUCUCACGGAAGGAUCCAAGGACGAGUUUCGGCAAAUUGCCAAAACUCGUCUCUGUUUAUGA